ACUUCAUAGUUCAUUGUUUGUUUGUUCUAAAACGGUCUUGUAAAUGUUCGAUACUUUCUAAGUUUUUAUAGUUUAAUAAUCGAUUAUAACUGUGAGAAACAAUGUCGGGCUGUGAUCAAAAAUGUGAAACUUCAAAAGACAAUGUAUCUCAAAAUUCUGUUGAUGAAGGUUUACCACGGGAACUAAGCCAGUUAAGCCUUUCAAGUGGAUCAAGCCCCGAAGAAUUCCAUUGUAACAAAGGACAUUCCGAAGCAACUUUAAAAAACAUUUUUACCUAUUAUCAAUCACAAAAACUUUGCGAUGUUGUUCUUAUUGCUGCUGGAGUCAGAAUACCUUCACACAAAAUUGUUUUGGCAUCAUGUAGUGAGUAUUUUGCAGCAAUGUUCACAGGGUCUUUGCAAGAAGCUAAGUUAUCGGAAAUAACAUUAGAAAGGGUAGAUCCACAGGCACUAAGGACACUAGUACAUUAUUGUUAUACAGGCAUAAUAGAAUUAAGUGAAGAAACUGUAGAAGUAUUAUUAUCUACAGCUACGCUUCUGCAAUUGCACGUUGUUACUUCAACUUGUUGCGAUUAUCUAGAGAAACAAUUGGACCCAUGCAAUUGUUUAGGCAUAGCAUUGUUUGCUGAACAACAAUCCUGUUUAAAUUUACACAAAGCAGCAAUGGAUUACACACAUCAACAUUUUGUGCAGGUUGUGAAGAAUGAAGAAUUUCUUUGUUUGACUGAAGCACAGCUGGAGAUUUUGUUGAAGUCAGAUGAUCUCAAUGUAGUUACCGAAGAAAAUGUGUUUGAGAGUCUAAUGUUAUGGGUGCAACAUGAUCUUGCCAAUAGGCAAAAACAUCUGCCCAAUCUUCUUAAACUUAUAAAACUGCCACUUCUUUCAUCUGAGUAUUUGAUAGACAAAGUUGAGGCUGCCUGUGGGAAUGUGUCAGAAUGCCAACCACUUAUAAUGGAGGCAGUCAAGUGGCACUUGCUACCGGAGAGAAGAUCUCUUCUUUUUUCACACAGAACUAGACCAAGGACAUCAACUAUAGGAAGACUGCUAGCAAUUGGUGGCAUGGAUGGAUACAAAGGUGCAAAUAACAUGGAGAUGUAUGAUCCAAGAACUAAUACAUGGACACCUUUCAUGAGAAUGGGAACUCGGAGGCUGCAGUUUGGUGUUGGUGUGAUACAUAAUAAACUCAUAGUAGUAGGUGGAAGGGAUGGACUGAAAACACUUAAUACGGUGGAAUGUUUUGAUCUUACAUCAUUGAGCUGGAGCACUCUGGCAUCAUUGAACACUCACAGGCAUGGGCUGGGUGUUGCAGUUCUCGGUGACGGCCCAAACUCACCCAUCUAUGCUGUUGGGGGACAUGAUGGAUGGAUAUAUUUAAAUUCUGUCGAAAGAUGGGAUUCGUGCUCGCGCUCGUGGACUCUGGUGGCGCCGAUGGCGGGAGCGCGUAGUACUUGCGGCGUGGCGGCGCUAGGAGGCCGCUUGUACGCAGCGGGCGGACGCGACAGCGGCGCGUGUCUGCGCUCCGUCGAGUGUUACGACCCCGCCACCAACCACUGGGCGGCGUGCGCGCCCAUGACCAGGCGCCGCGGCGGCGUUAGCGUUUGUGCAUCUGCUGGGUAUUUGUACGCACUGGGCGGUCACGAAGCGCCGGCCAAUGCGGUGGGCGGUCGCCUUGCGUGCGUAGAGCGCUACGACCCGGCUACCGACACGUGGGUGCUACUCGCGCGACUCUCCUACGGGAGAGACGCCAUGGGAUCAUGUCUGCUAGGCAAUAGGAUUGUAGCUGUCGGUGGUUACGAUGGAGCUCAGUACCUAUCCGUAGUGGAAGUGUACGACUCCGAGAACAACUGUUGGCGGAAGCUUUCGUCACUGAGCACAGGGCGCGCGGGAGCUGCCGUGGUGGCCAUACCGCCGCCCAGAAACAUUUUCUGAUAUUGCCACCACCAGCUCACCGUGUACGUGAUCGGGUGAAAUGUCAACACUGAACUUUCUAACCCUAUGAUAUAGACAUCAAUAUAACUGUAUAAGUGUGUUCGAUACCUUACCAACGUUGGUUCGUGUGUGCUAAGCCUAAGGUUACAUCUUGCGGUAAGUGUCUUCUAUCGUUACGGCUUUCUUUAGUGUUCAUGUUGAAGUUUGUUAGUCAUGACGUUUUGUGAUAAUUAACGUUUGAAUUUAUACUUCUUUUGGCGCCGUUGUGGCACCCGUAAUCUUGCCGGCAUCCUCUGCAAAGGAGCCUCCCACAACUAGACCAUUUGUAUCAUACUUCAGCUACCCUAAGCCUCUUGCAACUCAUAUGUCUAUAAAACUAACAAUGGAUGAGAAUUCAAUAAAAUUUCAGUACGCUUAAGUUGUAACCAAAAAAUUGAAUUCUUUUUCAUUGAUUGAAAUCAAAUUUUAUGAUAAUCAACCAAAUUAUGCGGCAUAAUAAUAAUACUUUUAUUGGUUGUUUUUAAUAUCAUUUCUUUUACAAUACUGUUUUUUCUAUAAAUGUUAAAUAGCACGAAAUAUAAAAAAAUUUCAGGGUUUUUGUUUUGUUACGCCAAAGAAGUAUAACUUCUUGCGUGCAUAUAUAAGUACACACAUACUUUUUUGAUUAAUUAAAAGACAUUACUUGUGACAUAGCUAUUGUAAUGUGCCAAAACGGCCAUUAGACCAUGCCGCUAUUCUUAACCGUGUAUGAACCAACAGUAGGCUGUACUUGGCGCCAAUGUGAUAGUAUAAUAAUUUAACAUCCUUACAAAUAAACUUAAUUAUAAGUUAUGCCUGAGAAUAAAUCAAUUUUAUGCAAAAUGUUGACUAUAUCAAAAGGCAUAAAAGGCAUUUAUUUUCUCAAAAUUGAUUCCUUUAGAAUUCUUUUUGAUGUAAUUUCUAAUAACUACUAGAUACUACUACCGCUUCGGAAACAAAUGGCGCUCUGAGAGAGAAGAAGCAAGAAACUCUCCCAGCAUUCUUUUUUUGCGCUCUUUUCAAUAAAAAUAUACAAUAUUGUACAGUCAUUUCUAUCGCUAUAAAAUAAUCACAAUCUAGUCCCAGGCCGUCCGAUCAUUCAGAUAUUCAGCAGUGGAGUAAUAGGAUUUACGACAGAGCCAUUCCUUUAUAAAACAUUUAUUUAUUUCUUUAAAUUUUUCUUUGAGAGACUGUCAAUAACCAAGCUGAUAUAUAGCACGAACAGCUCUCUUUUGCAGAGCAAACACUAUGUCAAUGUCAGCAGCAUGACCCCAUAGUAAUAUACCGUACGUCAAAAUCGUAUCGAUCAUUGUCGUAUCGCUGACAAUACUGUCAAUACAAUGAUAAUUCUGAAGUUUUCCUAAUGUCAGGCAGCCUUGCAAAUAAACGCGGAAAACGUUAUACGUCCGAAUAAACCAAUCAUAAGCAAUGUGUAGGUAUUUGUAAACAUUUUGCAUAUUUUUGGUUUAUUCUUAACUUUAUAUCAAGUUUAUUUGUAUGGCCGAUAGUGUUUAGAUAAAUGUUUUAGCUAAAUAACAAACUUUCCAACUAUUUUUUACCAUUCACGUUGAGUGUCUAAUAGGCCCCAAUAGUUUGAUGUUAGAGUUAGGCAUAUUUUUGAGGUUUUCUUGAGAUAUGUAGUUUAUGUGUAGUCUUCAUAGUGUCGAUUUAUGAUGAACUAAUUGAAUAGUAUGUAGGCAGUGUUGUAACUUUUUACCUACUUAAUAAGUACAUAAAAACAAACCAAAUUUUCUUUUGUCGACUCUAAGUUAAUCCCAAGACUACAAAUAGAAUAUACACGUGGAAUUGAUCUCUGAAUAAAAUUAAGACUGAGAAACAACAAAUUUUGAUUUUUUUAAAGACUUGGUAUGUGUGGCUAAACUGUGAUUCUUCGUACUUAAUUCAUUAACCGUUAUUAUUACUAAUUUGGAUUAUAAUAGUAUUCAGAAAGUAUUAUUUUAGACAGAGUCCGCCAUUGUUUUGGACCAGGUGUAGCAGUGCUUCGAUGUAAAGAAAAAUAUUCGGUUUUUGGUAGAAUAAUCACACCAAACCAGUGAAACCGAUACUGUAGCUGAUAUUAGUCAUUUAAGUUUGUAUAUCCUCCUAUAAAAUUGCCAAAACUAUUUGUACAAAUGUGAACAUGAAAAUAUCCAACCUUCAUUUCCUAUUAGCAUAUACAAUAUUGACUUUAGGAUAUUGGUGUCUUACUAUGAAAUGAUCAGAUCAAUGUGGCCAAUUGGUUUAUUUUUUAUUGGCCGUCAAUUUUGGGCCCAAGUUAGUUUCACAUGUUAAUAGUCUCCUUUAUUUGAAUUUUAGAGGAAUUUCGGAAACCGUGAAACCUUUGCUGCUCAAAAUACUCAGCAUAAACAAAGUUGCACUACGACAGGCCAAAAAUAAUAGAACACGAAGAAUUAUUGCUUAUUUCGCGUCAAAUGCCAUUUUUGAGCUAUAUAGGUGAAAAGGUACUUUUCUUUUUCAAUUCCUUAUUUCUCUAUAUUUUCCCUUAAAACAAUUACUGAACCUGUCUAUUAUUUCGGCCAUGAUCUCGGCCGGAUAUUAGAUCUUAUUGAUCAGAUAGUAACCACCUAGUGACACCUUGUAAAAGUUUACGCUGACGCAUCGAUUAAUGCUUUUGAUCUCCACAGAAAGUUACGGUUCUUCUUCUUCUUCUUGGUUUAUUGGCUUGCGCGUUAAGCGAUUGAGCCAUUGUCAAGUAGAAAGUUACGGUUAUAUAUUGUACCUGACAAUUAUCUCCGCAAUUGUAACCGUGAACUAUUCGUAGGUCCUUCUUUAGUUUCGUCUAUUGCGCGAAGAAGAUCGUAAUACCAGUUCUUUAUUGGCCACCAAUCUUAUAUGUGACCUGUUUGGUGAUUUAGUUAUUUCAUAAUCAUAACUUGAUUGGUAGAGAAAGUAUUAUGUUAGAUUAGUUAAUUACUAUAUAUCUUUAUCAAGUGCAACUGGUCUUCGAGAGCAUAGCUACUUUAAAGUAAAAAGUUAUUUAAACUCCUUUGAAUGGCCGCGUGGUCUUAUUCGAAAUUGGUCUUCGUUUCAACCUUGAUAAAUCAACAAAACUUAUAGACAGUUAAAGUCGCAUUAUUUUGCACUGCCCGUGCGACAAAUAAUCGUCUCUACGCCAGGAAUUGUACACAAUCAGUCGUUAUAUUUAGUACUAUAAAGAGUAUCGAAUAUUUUGGAAUAGACAACCAUAUAUCGAAUAAUCGUCGAAUAAUUAAAUUCAGCUUUUUUAAUAUAAUUAUUAGUUUACAAAUAUUGCAGUAUUUUAAGACCUGUUGACGCAGUAUCACAAACUUAAUCUUUAAAUUAGGCCUAUUUAAAAUAGUUAAUACUAAUUGUUCUCAUUAACGUACCGUUAAAAGCUUAUCAUUAAAAUCAAGUCGAUUUCUUGUAUGUUUGUUUCAUUGUUUGUAUUACAAUUUAUAUAUCUUGUUUUUUUUUCAAAAAUUGUACAUUAAACAAAGAGAACUUCAAAGAUAAUUAAUCACAAGUAUUAUACAAGUUUUGUACACAACUAGUAAAUAAUUUUUGUAUUUUUAUGUAACUUUAGGGGUUAGAUAGAGGCCUUUAAUACAUUUGGUUGCUAAUGUGCCAACAGUGAAAAUGUCUAAUUUGUGAGUUAUGACCCUCUUAAUGUUGACAAUCCAUUGGCAUGCUCACCGGCAGAUAGUUGAUACAGAAGAGAUGCCAUUGGGGUUAAAUAACUGUGAUAUCGGAAUGGGUCAUUACAAAUUGACAUGUGCACAUUUUUGUAGGAAUUACGUCGGAAUUUAAUAUAGUCAAAUUGUUUGUUAUGUUUAGGAUUAUAAUAUUUGUAUUCGAAAGUAGUUUUAUUAAUAGUAUUAAUGACAAGAAUACUCUAAUGAAUUGUAGACAUAUUAUAUUAGGGCAUUAUGCUGUUUAAAUUUCAACGUACGACAUACACUAGACUAGACACCUGUUGUUUGAAUUUUUUCUAGAAAUGUCUGCCAAUUUUGUAUCAUAUUCCUCAUCAUCAGAAUUGUUUAUCACGCUCGCUAAUUUGUUCACAAAUGCCUUGCAAUAUGCAUGUGUCGAGGCUUUGUUGUCGAAUGUAUUUAUGUACGUUUAUCUUUAUUAAUUUGUAUGUAUACAUAUUAUUAUCUAAGAGUUGUUAGCUAUCGUCAUCUACUAUUAUUUUAAUUCUGUGAUGGUGCUCAAAUCUGUCUCAACUUCAUCUUAAGCCUUACAGUAUUUACCUCCUAAACAUUUCGUUAAAUGCUAUGUUAUGAAAUAAUGUGAUAUAAUGCUAUUAGUUUUAAUUUUUUGCGACGAAAAAAGGUGCUAAAAGAAGCGAUAUUAGAAUAGGUCAUGGACUGUAUAACCUCAAUAGACUCCUAAACCUUAUAUAUACGAACUGCAAAUAUUUCAGUCAACCUCAUUGUUCAAGUAAAAAUCACAACAUACCGUAAACAACCACUACUGACUACUUAAGAGAUCUGUAUCUUAGCUUCAGAUCAAUAGAGCGCACUUAGAAUUUGCUUACGUAAGACUUAGCUGAGUGUAUGUCUUGUCUUUUAUAGUCAUUUGACAGCUAAAAUUAUACUGAGCUUAAGGACGCGUUUACAAAUCCGACAAAAAUAAGCUAUUUUUCGGAAGAGUUUGUGAUGAAAUCAAACUAAAUCUAGCAAAAUUAAAAAUUGUCACAAAUAGAUUACUUCUUUAUCUCAAAAUAGCGAAAAAUGUUUGGUUUGAAAUUUUCAUAUUUUAUGUCGUAAAAACGAUUAUCCGUUACCUCUUCAUACAUAAUUGACGAAAUGGGGUUCAUUCAGGAUCAUUUUUCUGCUACUACUCACAUUUGUCUUUUAAAAAAAUAAACAAGGAAAGCAGAUAUAUUGAUCUCCGCCUUAGAAGUGUGAUACGUUUGUCUUUUAUUAGGCGUCUAUGUUUUAUAGGGUAAACAAUAGAUACUUCUUUUAGAACCUAGUUACACACUGAUUAAAAAUCGUAAAAUAUAAAAAUAAUUGAGUCGCUAAAAAGUAUUUUUCCAGAAUAUGUAAACAUGGUAUGCAUCGUGUUAUGACUUAAUGCAUUUUUUCUAAAACUGUAAAGUCGCUAGAGGCUUCAAAGUUUACUUCUAAAAUUGGAUACAGGUUCAACUAUGAUCUCAUAAUCAUACUAAAACUGUUUAAGACUGAUAGGAAUACUUUUGACUUAGAUGUAAAAUAAAACACGUUAUAAAAUUCCAAAUUAACAUAUGAUUAUAAUUCGAAAGAGGAUUAAAUUUACGAACACAUGAUACAUUUAUAAAAACUGCAACAUAAUGUAAUGCUUUUUUUAUUUAAGUUUUAUAUGAGACAAUUUCAAAACAGUUUCUACGACUCGGAGUUGCUUUAUUUGCUAAAAGCCUAUGUGUGUUUAGCCUAAUUCCAUUAUUAUAUUAUAUCGUGUGAGAAUAGAGAAAUCUUCAUUGCCAAGCACUCGCUGUUCAUUAUUUUCUUACUUUAAAAUAUCAUUAGAUAAUUGAAAGUUAUCCCUAGGUCAGUCAAAUCACAUUAAACUUAAGAGUACAGGUUAUUUGCCUAGCAGUAAUAGUUUAGUCUUAAUAAAGUCAAGCAAGUCGCUCAAGGCCCGACAAGUGUGUUGACGGCGGUGAUCACUUAACAUCAGAUAUGCCGUGUGCUUGUUUUUCCUUCUCUCCCAGAGACAAGCCCGCUCUCAGUACAAUGAGAUAGUGGCGUGAUGUCUGUAGCUCUCAAUAACACCACCCCGCAGUGCCUAGCAACUAAACAAUAUUGCAGAGACUACGUCGUAAAAAAUAGUAUAUUACGCACCUAGUGAGAAUAGUAGUUUAUUCUGAACCGCGGAAUAUUGACAAUCGCGGGUGGAAAUGUCCUACUUAUCUCACGUGGUGCGUAUACGAUUUUUUCCCCACAUUUUGAAAAGGUCGCUUUUAGUCCCUGGUACGAGGGACAAAAGUCAUCUUGCCGGGAGAGAAUCGGCCACUUUUCUAAGGACGAAAAGACAGCUUUUCAUCGAGGUGGGAAAAAAGUUGUUUUUACAUAUUAUUUACUUUGUUCUUAUUAAAGCAUACUGUGAGGUAAAACUCAAAAAAUAAUUAUUAUUUUUCGUGGUUCCAAAAUGAUUUUAUGUAUUGGCGCUAGGCGCAUAACACUUAAAAUUAUUUUUAUUUUUCUCGGUGAUAGAUGUAAAAAGCAUAAUAGUGUGCUUUUGAAUAUGUAUUAUUGUAUCUAUGUAUUAUUAUAAGAAUAGUUAUUAUUGAUGUAGUAAAUUGUAUUAUUUUUUUUGUAAUGGCUUUGUACUUGGCCAAAGUGUAAAUGUAUAACGGAAUUAAUCUUAAUAGUCGUUAUGUUAAAUACAGGAAAAAAUAUUGAAUAAAGUAUCGUAUUUU